AUGAAUUCCCAACAAACAACCGCAGUCAAGGGAGGAACUGGCAGUGUUGCUACUCCAGCCAACAAUGUCAACUACAGACGUAGCUCUCAAGGUACACUCUUCGCCGGUCUGCAGGCACAGAAACGCUCCAACAGUGACGCGGCUUCAAAGGCUAGACGAGAGAGUUUUGCAGAGCAGGCUCCUAAAGCUGGAUUUGUAGGGCAGAUGUGGAAUUCAAUUGUCAAGGGGCAGUAA